AUUGCACCAACUCGUUGCAAUGUCCCUGGAUCAGCACGAUGUCGGGUUACAUACAUGUCAUUCAUUCUGGGACUCGGACAACGCCCGAUUGUCGCCAUGUGCAAUGCGUUAUGUCUCUGUAGUGCCUGGCGUUUUCAUCAUCUUAAUUGCUGUCUUGCAGGUGUUUGGCCGGUUGCUACACAAAUGGCGCCCAAAAUGGACCAAACCAUUUAUCCCAGAGCCUUCGCCAUUGCCUGAGCUAGCUUCGAGGACCGGCACUCACCGACUCGGCUGGGUGAUAUCCUUGUUUGGCGUCUCAAUUGUUGGAUUCGCGGCUGAACUCAUUAAAGUGAUUCCCAAUGGGUCGGAGAAUGCCAGUUAUGUUCUGCUGGUAUCUUGGGCGUUGACUGCCGCCUUGGUUGCCAGGGAACGACCGCGGUCUAGUCCCGUCUCCCUGCUUCUUUAUUUUGGGACGGCUUUUGCUGUAGAGGUUGCAUAUAUUCUAAAUAAAGAUGCUUACGGUGUUCAUCAAGUCGUCACUUACUAUCUUGCCGCGGGUGCUGCCGCAGCGGGCUGCGCCGUCAUCCUUGUGAUGCCUCUCCGGGCGCCCUCGCUUCCAUGUCUUGAUAUCGGCGUGGUCGGACAGCCGCCAUCAGCAGACUUCCGCAGUCCAGAGGAUAACCUGCGACUUUGGCAGUUUCUCAGCGUGUCGUGGAUGGCCCCUUUGAUGUCGCUGGGCAAGCAAAGACAACUCAACGAGGAAGAUGUAUGGUUCCUAGGAUUUGAGUUCCAGCAUCGUCGACUUCACGAUAAGUUUCGUAAACUGCAUGGCUCGGUGGUCACUCGGUUGCUUCAGGCCAAUGGAAUCGAUGUUGUCAUUAUCACGGCGAUCUCCAUCGUACAGAUGCUUUGCGGCUUUUCUACUCCGGUUCUCUUGCAGCAGCUUUUGCAAGCAAUGAAUCACCCCGAUAGGAAGAGGAUCGCUCUGACUUAUGCGCUUUUGUCGUUGCUGCUCCGUUUCGUAUCUGCACAAUUUCAGGUGUUGAACAUUUGGUAUGGCAGGAGGUGCUAUGAAAGGAGCAGGGGUGAGAUGAUGAUGAUGAUUUAUGAGAAAGCCCUGUCUAGAAAGAAUGUCUUUGAACAGCCCGUGGAAGACAAGGGAGAGGAAAACGACAUUCCAAAUGGAAAUGAUGACAAUGGCGAUGUUGAAGGUGGUCCCAAACAACGAAAGCUCUGUGGGCUGUUUAACCGAAGCCUGAGCCCGAAACAAGAAAGGCCGAAAACCGCGGCUUCCAUGGGAAAGAUCUUCAAUCUUCUCCGUGGGGACGCUUACGAGGUGGCCCAGCGAUUCUGGGAAGUUGACCGUCUUGUUGAUAAACCUUUAGGUCUGAUCAUUGCCAUCGCUCUUGUUUGGAAGCUACUCGGGCCGUCAUGUUUCCUGGGCAUUGUAGCAAUUUUGGCUGGUCAAGCAAUCAAUGCCAUCAUCACCCGUACACUGUUCAAAUGGGAGCGUGUCCGCAGACUGGCGACUGAUACAAGACUACAGAUAUCUUCCCAAUUUGUGGAGGCACUUCGUCACCUUCGCUGGUAUGGAUGGCAGAAUCAUUGGCUCACUCAGGUGCUUGACGCGCGACAGUCUGAACUGAACCUGCGAAUAAUCACUAGCCUUUGGACUGUUUUGAUUCAGUUCGUCAACGUCUUCACAAGUGGCUUGUUUCCUGUGGUGGCCCUGUAUGCCUAUACGCUGCUGGCAGGUCAUCCCCUUCGGAUUGACAUUAUCUUCCCUGCGCUGCAGCUGUUUACAAUGCUAGAAAGUCGGAUACGAGAAAUCCCAGCGCUUAUCACAGUCCUCAUCAAUGCAUCUAUUUCAGUGGAGCGAAUUGAGGACUUUAUGCAUGAACCAGACAAGGAGACGCAAGAUACAAUAAAUAACUCCGAUCCUUCGCUAUUGCUGGAUUCCUGCUCCUUUGCCUGGCCUGGCAAGGGAACCCCGGUACUGUCGGAGGUAAACUUGAAGAUUUCACAAGGACUUACGGUCAUUUGUGGCAAGGUUGGUGCGGGAAAGACCGCACUUCUCCAAGCUCUACUUGGGGAACUAGAUCGCAUUGAUGGUGUUGCACACAUUCCUAAUGCUAUGGUCGGGUAUUGCUCUCAGACGCCCUGGCUGCAAAGUAUGAGCAUUCGAGACAACAUUCUCUUUUCAUCUCCUUAUGAUGAGCAGCGGUAUAAACGUGUUCUCGAUGCGUGCGCCUUGCUUCCAGAUCUCGCCAAUUUCAAACAUGGCGACCUGUCAUUCGUGGGAGAGAAUGGCGUUGGUCUCUCGGGUGGUCAAAAGGCCCGCGUUGCUCUUGCUCGAGCAGUAUACAGUGCGGCAGGUAUUCUCCUUCUUGAUGAUCCACUUUCUGCCUUGGACCACAAUACAGCGGAAACUAUCGUCCGCCGGUGCUUCUCUGGGCCUUUAAUGCAAAACCGAACCGUUGUCCUCGUUACGCACCGCACCCAUCUCGUCGGUCACAUUGCUGAUCAGCUUGUCCAAGUCCAAAACGGCCGGGCCACCGUGCAAAGCCGACAAUCAGCCAUUUCUCAUGACUCUAGUACAGAAGACAGUUCCUCGUCUCAUACAGUAGAUAACGAGAUCGAAGAUGAGGAAGCGAUUGAGGAUGACACCGCUGCAGUACCGGACAAGUUCAUUGAAGAGGAGCAUCGAGCAGAAUGGGGCGUGAAGGCUCGAGUUUACUGGAAUUACAUCAAAGCAGGAAAGUAUAAAUGGUGGUCUGCACUUGUUGUUGUCGUCGCGGUGUAUCGAAUUGCAUCUGUUGCGCAAUCGUGGUUCCUCAAAGAAUGGGGUGAGGCGUAUAACCAAAUCGUCCUGUUUUUUGGGCACUCGGGGUCGAAUAUCAUGUCCGUUGUCCCCGGAUCCGCCGUCAGCCCGAUUUCAUCCAACACAGUCGACUGGAUGCCCAAGAAUCCGAUCGACAAUUUACCGCCGCCUGCUGAAGAUGUUCGCCCCUGGUUACUGGCGUUCUUUUUCAUCACAGCUUUCCAGUCCGUCGUCGUUCUCUUAUCGCAGCUCCUGAUGCUGGUUGUCGUUUACUAUGCAGGAAAAACGAUGUUCCAACAGGCCAUGGUACGAGUCAGCCACGCUACAUUUCGAUUCUUCGACGUGACUCCGAUCGGUCGCUUGAUGAACCGACUGACGUCGGAUAUUGGCGUGGUGGAUGGAAAUAUCAGUCAGCAGUUUCAAAUCAUUGCGUUCCUUGCCAUUACAUGGAUUUCGUCUAUGAUAGUGAUCGCUUCGGUCACUCCAACCUUCCUUGGAUUCUCAGUGGUCCUUACUGUGGCCUUUAUAAUCACGUUCUUGCAGUUCCUCCCAACCUCUCAGAGCUUGCGACGGCUGGAAAUGGUAUCAUUGAGCCCUUUGAUAUCCAACUUUGGCGAACUACUGCACGGCUUAACCACCGUACGCGCAUUCCACGCAGAAACGCGUUUCCAGGAUCGGGUCAUUGCAGUCGUGGACAAAUUCCAAGGCAUGGACCAUUUCUACUGGUCGCUGCAGAGCUGGCUGAUGUUCCGCUUCGAAAGUCUGUCCGCCAUUUCCACUUUCUGUCUGACCGUGCUGGCAUUAUACACCAGCGUCUCUCCUGGCUUGGCUGCAUUUGUCCUCAUCGCGGCCAACAGCCUGGUAGACGCCACCCACGGGUUAUGCAAGCAAUACGGUCAGUUACAGAUGGACUUUGUCUCGGUGGAGCGAGUGGACGAGCUCCUGCACGUAGAGGAAGAAACACCAGGAACAAUCGAGCCGCCCGCCUCGUGGCCCAGAUUCGGACGCGACAUCACAUUCGACGACGUGACGAUCCGCUACGCUCCCCAUCUUGAGCCGUCACUCAAGAAAAUCUCUCUGCGGAUUCCGGGAGGCUCCACCACGGCCAUCACCGGCCGCACAGGCAGUGGCAAAUCGACUCUCGCAGUCUCCCUUCUGAGCGUCAUCCGCCCAGAAUCUGGCCGCAUCUUCAUCGAUGACAUCGACAUCGCACAAGUAAGCACUCAGGCGCUGCGCACACGGGUCACCUUCGUCGCACAAGACCCCGUCCUUUUCCCGGGAAACAUCCGACUCAACCUCGAUCCAACAAGUGACUACAGCGACGAAGAAUGCACCGAGAUCCUCAGACGAGUGUGUGGCAGACAUGGCUGGACACUUGAUACACAUGUCGAAGCCGGAGGUCGGAACCUCAGCCAGGGCGAAAGACAGCUCAUCGGGCUGUCUCGCGCGGUUCUGCGUCGCAGCUCGAUCGUCAUCUUGGACGAGGCAACGGCGUCGAUCGAUCAUGAGAGUUCACUUGAAAUCCAGCAGAUCAUACGCGAGGAGAUGAAGGAGUCGACUGUGAUUACUAUCGCGCAUCGGUUGGAAGCUAUCAAGGAUGCUGAUUAUUACAUCGUUCUAGACCAGGGCGGGGUGUCUAGGCAAGGGUAUGUAAAGGAUAUGUGAUCUACUGUGUAGAAUCUUGUU